GGGAUUAUGCUUUAGCCCUUCAUUUCAAACUCACAACUUAAAUGAUGUAAUGAAAAUAACUUAUAUACAAAUUCAAAAAUCUAAUAAAAUGGGUGUUUUCUGAUUCUAUUUGUUAACUGAAACCGAGACUUUUAUUUUUAUUGUGAUGACUACAAGGAACUACGUAUACUUCAUGACAACUGCAUACUUUCCGUAUACUUUUGAGUUACACCUUCUCCAAUUUCAGUUUCUUUAAUACAUAUCAACUAUGCUUUUAGUUUUAAUGAUGCCAGAUGGUACUGCAGCUAGUUUGUUGGAAAGAAACGUUAAGAAAAGCGUUAUGAUGAUUUAACAAUGGAUCGUCUUUAAGUAUUGUCAUUCAUGGGAAAAUAUCACAUUUUCAUUGAAAAAUAUUUGCGGGGAGAAAAUGAAAGAUGCAAUCCAUUUUCACGUCUCAUUCUUAUAUUACAAUCAGUCUGAUGCUUUCGGUAAUAAUCUUCGAUAAAUGUUCAUCAAAUUUUUAUGAUUUUAAUGAUUAUAAAAUGUUUAUUCAAGACAUCUAAAAGUAUUUAAAUAACUGAAUCUUUACGCCAGUGAGGUUUCAAAAAAAAUAUUGCCUUUUACGAAGCCUUAUGCCACAGAAAAUGUUUCUGACAAAUAUUUACCACUUCUUCAAAGCAGACGGAGAUUUAUUCGAAACUAAAAUACUAAUCAAGCAACCAAUAAUACCAAUCUUUAUAUCAAUUGCAUAUGUUAUCCUAGUAAAAUGGUUGUUGCCAAGAAUAAUGGAAAACCGUAAGCCAUUGAAGCUGAAAAGAGCCAUCAUCGUAUAUAAUCUGUUGAUUUGCUUAUUGAGUGGAUAUUUAGCUUACAAAGCAAUACGUUUCACUAAUAAAGCUUGGAAAAAUAGAUGUGAUGUUAAAAUAGUCCCAAAACACAUUAUACAAAGAGGCUUGUACAUAAUGCAGUAUUUUUGGACUGCUCAAUAUUUGCAGGUGUUGAAUAGGAAAGGCUUUCAAUUAUUGUGGUAUAUUUGGAUGACUAAAUAUUUGGAGUUGUUGGAUACAGUAUUUUUAUCUCUUCGUAAGAAGAAUAGGCGGAUCACUUUCCUUCAUCUGUUUCGUCACUUUGCUAUGGUUCUCGUAUUUGCCCUCGUUUUUUAUAUGAAAACUGCAGCUUUCUAUUACAUCUUUGCUUUUGCAAUAAAUUUGAGCACUCAUAUGAUAUUGUAUUUAUAUUAUGGUCUAGCAGCUAUUGGACUACGCGUGAAGAAAUAUUUGAGGUGGAAAAAGUAUUUAACACUGCUGCAAAUAAUGCAAUUCAUCAUUAUCCUAACAUAUGGUGCUUAUGGAUUUGCAACUGGCUGUGAGCGGCCUGAAAAAGCAGAAUUAGGUCUUUUCAUUUGUAUAUUUAUAAUUUUAGUCAUGUUUAUUAAUUACAGUAAGAAAUCUCAUAGCACAAUAAGCUUCUUGAAACAAAAAACUUGACUGAUUUUAUGUGUAGGAAACUUAGUAUUUGGAUUCUAUUUAUUGUUUCAAAUAAAAUUUGAAUUCGACAUUUUUGACUCAA